CUCUGUCGCCCCGCCCAUCUCUCGCACGUUUAUGGUUACCGCUGUUGAGUACUAGCCAAUCAGAAAGCAGGAUUGGAGCACCGCCUAUGAGUGUGAUGCUCAGAGUGAACAGACAGAGGAAACAGCCCGAGCGGGAUGCAGACUUCGAUGCGGCGGCGACAACCCCCGACCCCGGGAUCUCCGGCCAGACUUGGCUCCGGUCAGAAUGAAGGUGAUUCCAGAACGUCACGUUUCCACCUGGAUCUCUGGUUCUACUUCACUCUUCAGAACUGGCUCCUUGACUUUGGCCGUCCAAUUGUCAUGCUUCUACUCCCGUUGGACUGGUUCCCGCUGAAUAAACCCAGCGCAGGGGAUUAUUUCCACAUGGCAUAUAACAUUAUAACUCCACUACUGCUCCUGAAGCUGAUAGACCGAUCUCCGAAGACUCUCCCGAACUCUGUCAUCUAUGUCAGCAUCAUAACGUUUGUGAUGGGGGCCAGUAUCCAUCUGGUGGGGGACUCUGUCAACCACAGGCUGAUCUUCAGCGGUUACCAGCUGCACCUGUCAGUGCGGGAUAACCCCAUCAUGCAGAACCUGCAGCCUCCUACCUUGGUUGACUCUUUUGAGUUGCUGUAUUACUACGACGAGUACCUCGGCCACUCCAUGUGGUAUAUUCCUUUUUUUCUUAUCCUGUUUAUCUACUUCACCGGUUGCUUCACAACUUCACGGGGGGAGACCAGAAUGCCGCUAUCAGCCUGGGCUCUGCUCGCCCCCAGCAGCCUUUACUACUGGUAUCUGGUGACUGAGGGACAAAUCUUCAUUAUUUUCAUCUUCACGUUCUUUGCUAUGAUGGCGAUCAUCCUUCAUCAGAAACGCAAGGGCUUACAUCUAGACAGCAACGGCCUCUUCUUGCUGUUCUCUUUCUCCGCUACCCUCCUUCUCAUUGCCGCCUGGAUCAUUUGGCUCUGGAAUGACAAAGUCCUGCGCAAGAAGUACCCUGGGGUUAUAUAUAUCCCCGAGCCUUGGGCCUUUUAUACCCUUCAUAUCAACACCUUCCACUGAAUGCGGUUGGAUCUCCACUAGGUGCUCAGGAACCAACUAUAUUCCAUGGAUCUUGGGAAAAGGACACUAAAUCCAUCAUUCUCCUAUUUAUUCUUUAAUGGAGUUGUUUUUAAUAUGUACGCAUUUCUACCUUGACUGUGUAACCUGCUUUAUACUGUAAACCGGCCCUUUAGUAACACAUACAGUGGAUAUAAAAAGUCUACACACCCCUGCCAGGUUCUUGUGAUGUGAAAGAAUGAGACAAAGAUAAAUCAUAUCAGAACUUUUUCCA